AUGGUGAAUGGUGUUAGAUUCGAGGAUUGCCUUGAAGGAGCUUCCAAUUUUGUAUCUUGGAAGUUUAGGAUUAUGAUUGCCUUAAGAGAUAACGAAUUAGAUGAAUUCGUAAAGAAAGUUGUACCUGAACUAGAUGACAAAGGAGAAGACCAUCUCAUUAUCAAAUGUAAACAGGAACUAGCAUCUGAAUUUGAUAUGAAAGACCUAGGUCUAUUGCACUAUUUCCUUAGUUUAGAAGUAUGGCAGAAACCUGAUGGAAUCAUUCUAAGUCAAGGCAAGUAUAUCAUUGAAAUUCUUAAAAGGUUUGGGAUGAUGAAUUGUAAAUCCAUGGUCACACCUAUGGAAACAAACUUGCAUAAGUUAAGAGAAGAUGCAGCUUAUUCAAAAUUGGCAGAUCCCACUCUUUACAGACAAUUGAUUGGGUCCUUGAUGUACUUGGUCAAUACUAGAUCAUAUAUUUGUUAUGCAGUUAGUGCGCUUAGUCAGUUCAUGAGUGAACCAAGACUAAUACAUUUGGUUGUGGCAAAACAUAUUCUGAGAUACCUACGUGGCACAAUUGGGUAUGGUUUAAAAUAUGAUAAUGUGGACCUGAACCUUCAUUGGUAUAUUGAUUCUGAUUGGGCUGGGAGUGUAACUAAUCGAAAGAGCACAUCUGGGUGUUGUUUCAGUUUGGGUUCAGCUAUGACUCCUGGUUCAGUAGGAAGCAAUCUUCAGUUGCACUCAACUCCAUAG